AUGAUGACUAGAUUUGAAACAUUACCUAAUAAAAUUCUUCUUUAUAUAUUAUCUUAUCUUGAAUGUUAUGAAUGGUUGUUUAAUGAUAAUAAUACUCUUCGUUUUCCUAAUCUUAAAUCACUUAUUCUCAUUCGAUGUGACUUAAUUCAAUCAGUAGUUCAAAGUUUAUUUUAUCUUAUUAAACAUCAAUUAGAUGAACUUAAAUUAACAUUUGAUGAACACGUAUUCAAACGGUUUUAUUAUACAAAAAAAUAUUUGUCAGUGGUUUCUGAUAAAGGUAAUCAGUCAUUUAUUUGA